GCAUGGCAGAGUCUGGGCGACUCCUCUCAGUGCCACCUGGAGAAGCUCUACAGCGACGCGAGAACCAGCCUCGUGCGGUUCUUGGACAGGAACCGCUCGCUGGGGAUCCUGGACCUGGGCACCAUGGAGCUGGGCUAUGUGGACGUGGUUAGCAGAGCGAGGCGGCUGGGCAGCACCUCGGACUGGAAGCGGAACCCCCGGUUCCACACCCGCUGGGAGGUGUACUGGAGGGACGGCGACGCGUGGCAGCGUUACGAGGAGCCUGUCCCCCACGACCUCCUGGCAGCCUUUGAGAGAGACUCUCAGGAGCCCACCUUUCAGUUCCGGGGCCAGCUCUACACCAUGGAUCCGAGGCCCCCGCUGCAGAGUGCCGAAGGCCCAGGAUCCAGGUGCCCUGUCCAGAUCCAGCGCCGACCUGCCUACCGCUCGCUGAGCCGCAUGGCGCGGUACCUGCGGACAAUCCCUAGGGACUCCUGGGGAACCUUCCAUCUUUCCAUAUCCACCAUCCCUGGGGAGAGCCCCUCCGACGGGUAUUGUGGGCCAUACCCUGCCGCCUGGGUCCCUCAGCCGCCCCGUGGCCAGGCCUUCCUGCAUGCCGAGGUGGCCUCCUCGGAAGCGGUGUACCGCGAGAUCUGUGAGCUCUUCCACGCCUCUGUCCCCGAGGACACGGUGCUGGUGCUGAGGAUUUACAGGAUCCGGAAUGAUGCACUCUGGGAAAAAUACAGCAGCUGGAAGGAGGGAAUGUCCCGAGGCCUCUCCGCCGGGGAGAAGCGGCGCCUGGAGAGACACCUCUUCCACGGGACCUCGGCCUACAACGUGGAGCCCAUCUGCCGGGCCAAUUUCAACCCCCGCCUCUCCGGGAAGCACGGCGCCCACUACGGCCACGGCAGCCACCACAUCUUAUGUGGCGCCUGCUUCUCGCUACCGCUGGGCACCGAGAGGCGCCUCCUCAGCGUGGACUUUGCCAUGGCCAGGGAGAGAACGGAGCAGAACCCUCCGGGAGACCCACUGGAGACCUUCCCCACGGAUGUAGUUCCACCCGGAAGUCCUUAG